UCUUGUUUCUAUUCUUGUAGAGUUUUUACUCGCAUGGUUAGUUAGGCUAGUUGUUCAACAUAUUACAACUCUGGUUAGCGUAUGAUAAGCAUCCAAUAGACAAGCUAGAGUCUCAUUGGGUCUACACCUUGAUCAAGGUUAGGCCAUCACUUACUCCUCUACCCUUGAAGAUCUGGGCAUCAAUAAUCUCCCUGCAUCACCAUUGAAACAUCGUCAUCUCGCGAAACAAUAACACAAUGUCAACGUCUACGUACACAAUCCCUGACCGAAUUGUGCCAAUGCGCGUCAUCGUCUGUGGCGUCCAUCGCACAGGAACGUUGAGUAUUCGUAACGCUUUGUGGCAGCUUGGUUUCCACGAUUGCUACCACAUGCAGACUCUCUUCAACAAUCCCACCCGUGUUCCAGAAUGGAUCCGUGCCCUGGAAGCAAAGUACGCUGAUAAAGGGACUUUCACACGCGCAGACUGGGAUCACUUGCUCGGUGAUUGCCAAGCUGUGUGUGAUGUUCCUGCUGCGUUCUUUGGACCUGAAUUAGCGGAGCUGUACCCUGAAGCUAAAGUCAUUAUCAUGAAUCGAGACCCUGAGAAGUGGUAUGAGAGUGUGCUUAAUAGUAUCUACUUGAUAACCACCCCAAAGGGCUUUUUGGCGAAACUCAGUAUGAUAUAUUGUUUCUUGCUUGAUACGAAUCUUCAGUAUAUGGCCAAGUAUAGCAAAUCGAUGAGAUCUUUGGUUCAGAAGUAUGAUCAUGGAAAUGAUAAGGAUAAGGCCAUUGCAUGGUACAAAGCACAAUAUCAAGAAUUUCACGACAGAAUUCCGGCGGACCGGUACAUUCAGUAUACCAUCACGGAAGGCUGGGGACCGCUUUGUGAGUAUCUUGGCGUACCUGUACCAGAGGUUAAGGAUCCCGAGACAGGAAAGAUGGUGGAGGCGCCGUUUCCACAUCUUAACGAUGGUGAGACUUUUAGAAGGAAUAGCAAGGUUAUGAAGAAGAAGACUAUGCAGAGGGCGAAUCAGAAUUUACUGGCGGCUGUAGGGAGGUUGGCAUUGACAGGCGUUGUGGGAUAUGCUAGUUAUCUGGCGUGGAAGACCCGGCUUGGAGGACGUGUUUAGUCUGGCUUGACACAUGUUGAAUACUUCAUCGUAAGGAUCGUGUAUUUGUAUUUGUAUUGUAUCAUAGGAAAUUUCUAGUCUUGCCUCCUUAAGGCCGUCCAGGAAUCUAGGCACAAGCUCACUCACUAGCAUAUUUUGCCAAAGGUAGGU